AUGUAUUUGGCGUGUGUUGUUCCAGGGCCAGAUAACCCUAAAGCAGGCAUAGAUGUGUUUCUAGAACCUUUAAUUGAUGAUUUGAGGAGGUUGUGGAUUGGAGAAUUGACAUACGAUAUUUCAACCAAACGAAAUUUUCUAAUGAGAGCAUCUUUGAUGUGGACAAUUAAUGAUUUUCCAGCGUAUGGCAUGUUGUCUGGUUGGGGCACUCAUGGGAAAAUGGCUUGUCCACAUUGUAUGGAAAAUAGGAAGGCGUUUACUUUGGAAAAUGGAGGGAAGAGUUCGUGGUUUGAUCAUCGUUGUUUUUUGCCUCGUGAUCACCCGUUUAGAAAAAGUAAGAAUGGCUUCCAGAAGGAUCAGAGAGUAGUAGUUGGCCCGCCCCCUAAAAUCACAUCAGAAGAGGUCUGCACAAGAGUUAGUGAUUAUCCUAAAGUCACUGAUUUUGGCACAACUGUCCCAAUACCAGGAUACGGAGUUGACCACCACUUGACAAAAAAGAGUAUAUUUUGGGACCUCCCAUAUUGGAAAGAUAACUUGCUCAGACAUAAUCUUGAUGUAAUGCACGUUGAGAAGAAUUUUUUUGACAACAUAUUUAACAUAGUGAUGGAUGUUAAAGGGAAGACAAAAGAUAACGAGAAAGCCAGAAAAGACUUAGAAGUGUAUUGUAAAAGAAGGGACUUGGAGUUACAACCUCAACCGAAUGGAAAGUUGUUGAAACCCAAGGCAAUAUACACUCUAACUUCUGAAGAAGCUAAGGCAAUUUGUCAAUGGUUAAAAGAUUUGAGAAUGCCUGACGGACAUUGUUCUAACUUGGGCAGGUGUGCCGAUGUUAAAACUGGAAGGGUAAUUGGAAUGAAAAGUCAUGAUAAUCAUGUUUUCAUGGAGCACUUACUCCCAAGUGCGUUUAGUUCACUGCCCUCCCAUGUGUUAAAUCCACUCACUGAGAUCAGUCAAUUUUUUAAAAACAUUUGUGCUUCAACUUUGAGAGUCGAUGAACUUGAGAAAUUAGACAAGUUAAUUUCAAUCAUACUAUGUCAGCUUGAGCAAAUUUUUACCCCAGGUUUUUUUGACUCUAUGGAACAUCUUGCGGUGCAUCUAGCAUAUGAGGCUAAGCUUGGUGGGCCUGUUCAAUAUAGGUGGAUGUACCCUUUUGAAAGAUUCAUGAGAGAUUCAAAACGAUCUAUUCAAAAUAGGGCAAGAAUAGAAGGAUCAAUCUGUGCUGUUUACGUUCAUAAGGAAACCUCAUACUUUCUCGGUCAUUACUUCAUCGACCGUGUGCUUGUUCCAACCACUACACGAAAUGAAGUUUAUGUUCAGACUGAAAGAGACCCGUUGACCUUAUCAGUUUUCAAUCUACUUGGUCGCCACGCUGGCAAGGCGAGACAACAUUGGAUGGUAGAUGCGAAAGAGUAUCGAUCAGCUCAUGUUCAUGUCUUAAUUAAUUGCAUGGAGGUUAGACCAUACCUCGAGGAAUUUAAUACCUUUUAUGAAGAAUUUGAUGAUGAUUCGUCUGGUUACAUACACGAAUAUUUUCCUGGUUGGUUUAAGCAAAAAGUAUUCGAUGCCGAACCAACGGAUGAAAUCCUUCGUUUAAGAGGUUUAGCUCAAGGUCCUUUACAAUGUGCCACUGAAUAUCAUACAUACUUCGUAAAUGGAUAUAAGUUUCAUACCCAAUCAUGGAGUGAGGGGAAGAAGACAUAUAACAGUGGUGUAUAUGUAAAAGGAGUUACGGAAGGAGAUACAGAUGACUUCUAUGGCGUGAUCAAACACGUUUACGAGUUAUUUUACAAUCAGGAUAAAGUGGUGUUAUUUUAUUGUGAUUGGUUUGAUCCCUCGCCUAGGUGGACAAAAAUGAACAAAAUAAGCCACAAUGUCGACAUUCGAGUGGACAAAAAGUAUAAUGUGUAUGAUCCGUUUAUCAUGGCACAUAAUGUUAGGCAAGUGUACAAUGUUCCUUAUCCCCCAACGCAACCACACAAACGAGGGUGGUCGGUUGCAAUCAAAACAAAACCAAGGGGUCGCAUUGAGACCGAAGAACCAACUGAUGAAGUUGAGCAAAUUGAUGAAAUUUCAAAUGUUAACGAGUUAAUUGAAGUUGAGGCGGUUACAGGUUGGCGUGAUGCACAAGUUGAAGGGGAUCAUGUCGAUCCUGCUGUUUUGUUAACUCCUAAUGAAGAUGAAAAUGACGAGGAUGAUGUUGGUUUGGAAGAGCCCAAUAUUGAAGGGGAUCAAGUCCAUGAAAGUGUUUUCGAAUUAUAA